CCCUCGUUAACGUAGUGCAAAGUAUGUAUGUGGACACAAGAGCUAGAUACAGGCUAGGAGACAUAGAAACAGACUGGGUGAAGAGUGAGAGAGGAGUUAGGCAGGGCUGUAUAUUGUCACCAACCCUUUUUAGCCUGUAUACAGAGGAGCUAGCAGCCAGGAUGAGAAGAAUGAAUGUAGGGGUAAGUGUGGGGAAUGAUAAAGUAUGUGUGCUCCUUUAUGCAGAUGAUGUAGUUGUUAUGAGUGAAUCGGCAGAUGAGCUUCAAAGUUUGUUGGAUGUAGUGGAUGGCUAUGGUAAAGACUUUGGAGUAAGGUUUAGCAGUGAGAAAAGCAAAGUAAUGAUUGUGAAUAGGUCAGAGGAUGAAAGUAAUCUGGUAUGGAGACUUGGAGAGAAUGAGUUGAGACAGGUGCAAGAAUACAAGUACUUAGGGAUGUGGAUGAGUCCUAGUGGGUGUGCAAAGGCAAAGAAUGAAAAGAUAAGUAUGGUAAACCAGUGGGUAGGUCGAUUGGGAAGCGCGGCAAGGAUGAGAGCAAGUAAGUAUGAUGUGUUGAGAGAAGUGUGGAAGAGUGUGGCUGUGCCAUGUAUAAUGUAUGUUAUGGAUGUGAUUGCAUGGAAUGAAAGUGAAAUUGAUAAGUUAGAAGUGGGCCAGAACAAAGUAGCAAGGAUGACACUGAGUGCACCGAGGUGCACAGCAGUUGAAGCCUUGAGAGGUGACAUGGGAUGGAGCACCUUCAGAGAAAGACUGACAAAAGCCACACUUAGGUACAAGAUUAGGCUUGAGAGAAUGGAUGAUGCAAGAAUAGCAAGGAAGGUGUACCUGUGGAAUGAAAGUGGAAGCAAAUGGAGGAAGAGAUGCAUGAGAAUGACAGACAGGAAUGGAUUGCAAGUUGUGUGGGCGAUAAGAAUGGCUGGGAGGAAUCAAAAUGAGCGUGAAUGGGUGGUAACAAGAGGAGGCAGAGUGGGAGCCGAAUGGGAUGUGAGAAAAUGGAAGAAUGAGAUAGACAAAGAAGUGAAAUGUGUGGGACUGAAUGAAUGGAAGAAUGAGAUGGAAAGAAAGAAGACCCUGGAAUGGUACAAGGAGAAAGAGGCCCCGAGGUAUGAAAGGUGGUAUGAUGGAAGCCUGGGCGGUGAUCUUCUCUUCCAAGCGAGGGCACAGUGUAUGGAUGUGAAUGCAAGGAGUUACAGGUGGUCUGAGUCCCGCAGCAAAGUGUGCCAGAUGUGUGACAUGGGAGAGGAUGAGACGGUGGAACAUGUGGUGCUGGAGUGUGUGCAGUAUGCCAGAGACAGGAAUGAGAUGAUGCAAGUGAUACUGACUGAGUUAGGGCAUGAUAGGAAUGAAAGAGUGGAGAAGACAGGAAAAGAGUGGAUGGUGUUGUUGCUGGGACUGUGUAGAGAGGCGAAUGAAAGGAUGAUUGAGGCGGUGAAAGAGUUUCUGGAGAGAAUGUGGCGUGCCAGGUGUAUGAACAAUUAGGAUAGAGGAUGCUGUUCGUUUCUCUUUUUUUUUCCCCCUUUCUACAGGAGUUGCCGAUCCAAAGGCCUGACUCAGGAGUGAUCCUGUGCCACCUGUACCAUCAAGAUCAAGAUCAAGAUCUCGUGUUUACAUCUGCUCCUUUACGCAGAUGAUGUAGUUGUUAUGAGUGAAUCGGCAGAUGAGCUUCAAAGUUUGUUGGAUGUAGUGGAUGGCUAUGGAGUUGCCGAUCCAAAGGCCUGGCUCAGGAGUGAUCCUGUGCCACCCGUACCAUCAAGAUCAAGAUCAAGACCACACUGCCUAGAAAUCUUGUUUUUUCGCAAAUUUCCCAAGUAAUUCCCCACCCCGGAGGCCGCCCCCAGUACACCUGUUCCCUGCAUCCAUGAUUUAAUUGAUGAGCUACAGAACUACAGCAUCGUUCAGGUGGCAGCCGGAGACCAGCACUCUCUUGCUCUCACCUCCUGGGGCCUGAUCUACGCACGGGGUGACAAUGGGUACGGUCAGCUUGGCGUCAACUCCUGCGACAGUCACACCGCCACACCCAAGCUUGUCAAGAGUCUGGCCAGGAAGGUGACAAUGCAGCUGGCCUGUGGCGCCAACCACACCCUUGCCUUGACUGCUGAUGGUGAAUUGUACACAAAAUACCUUCGGCCAGUUGGGACUUAGACACCGACAGGGUCCCCAGAAGGACCCCCUGCCCUGGUGACCUCCUUGGCUGGCACCCCCUUAGUCCUGCUGGCCGCUGCGGGUCACCACUCUGCUGCCGUGACCAAGGCCGGCUACCUGCUGUUGUGGGGGUCAAACAAGCAGGGUCAACUGGGCUAUACUCCCAAGGGUGAUCCUCUUGUUAGCUGUGGACCUUUGGGUAUGGACGCUGUGGACAGCUUGGUCACGGCACGACGGAUAACUGCCCCAUUCCUCGCACUGUGCUUGACCUGUGUGGCUCAAAGGUCGGCCAGGUCGCCUGUGGGAGAGGUCAUACCCUGGUCUACAUCCCCUCGCAGGGCCAUGUGUAUGCAUUUGGCCAGGGGCUCUCAGGGCAGCUGGGCACCAAGACUCCACACAGCAGGGAAUUACCUCAAGUGGUAGUGUGCCCAUGGCUGUCCCCAGGGGGUGCCAGCCUGCUAGACUACGCAGAGGAGGACAGCCCCAGUGUGUAUUUGAGGCAGAUCUUCGCUGGGGGGGACGUCAGCAUGGCCACCGUCAGCAGGGAGAGUGGGGGUGCUGAGGACUUUUGCAGCCCUCCCCUACCCCGACCAAAUGCCCCCUCUCACAAUUCAAGAACAUAUGAUUAAGAAACUUCUGUCAAUUGAGGAAGAAGACAUGAUUGAUGACGAUUUGUUUACGUACACAGAGACAGUGUUUGCCUCAGUGUGCGCUUGGAACAGCUCCCUCACGCUUGCUGGCUUGCACAAACACACACACGGGCUGGACUACCGUUUGGCUGAGGACUGUGUGGCUCAGAUUGGCCGGAAUGCAAGGGAGACCAUUCAGGAAGUGGCGAAUUCGUACUGGCAUUCAAAACGUGGCCAAGAGUCUUCCUUCGCAUCCCCCCAGCCAGGACGCCUUACGCUGUUAUGUCCUUCCCCUGUACAAGGACUUCACUGACCCUAAACAAACGGCCAAACUCCAAAUGCCGUAUGCUGAGGGAGUGUUGAAGCUUGGCAAGGAGAUGGCGGAGGUGUUCAAGUCCAAUCCUGUUCUGUGAGUAUCCAUUCUUGUUCGACCCUCAGGCCAAGACGCUGCUGCUCAGGUGUGACGCCACUCGUCAGGUACAGUUUCUAAAUGUACACAUUCGACGCACACACAUCGUAGAGGACCCCAUCAGCCAACUGCUGCACCACAAGGUCACCGAUUACAAACGGCCAUUGAAGGUCCACUUCAUCGGGGAGGAGGCAGAGGAUGCAGGUGGGGUACGGAAGGAAUUUUUCUUGCUCCUCCUAAGAGAUAUUUUGAAUCCAGACCAUGGUAUGUUUACUGAGUUCCCCGACACAAGAAGGAUUUGGUUCAAGGAGGGAGCUCUGGAGGCGGCUGCUACCUAUAUGUUGAUUGGAUUUUGGGUAAUGGGGGCAGAAGUGUGCUAUAUUGUGGGCGGCCUGUCCAUGCUGCUGCCGCUAGUGAUGUUGCAGGCCUACUGAGCUCCCAGCCACGCCCCCAGCCUGUGCAUAUUAGCCAGGUUAAGGUGGACGGAUGUUUGGCUGACGUUGGGCUAUUUUCUAUGGUGUUUUGGGCUAGUUUGGGCUGUUUUUCAUGUGUCGUUCUUUUUUUGGGGGGGCUAUUUUUAUGUAUUUUUGUUCUUUUAUUUUUCAUGGUUCCAGCGACAGUUUAAGAGGCUGUAGUGGAAGUUAUUGCAGUUUUCAAGGGUGUUUUUAUGGUUCUAAAAUUUAACAGGUCGUAGUGGAAGUUACUGGGGUUUUCAAGGGUGUUUUCAUGAUCCCAGUGACAGUCUAAGAGGCUGUAGUGGAAGUUACUUGGGUUUUCAAGAGUGUUUUCAUGAUUCCAGUGAUA